CAUUUGGUCGUGGCCUGCAGUUAGUUUAUCGGUGAAGGGAAGUUCAACUGCUUACUGCAACAUGGGACGGAAGGCAGUGAUCGUCUUUAUAUUCGGUUUCGUUAUCGGGCUUGUGGCAAGUGUUGAUGAGCACUGGUGGCAGCACGCCAACUUCUAUCAGAUCUAUCCAAGAUCGUUCAAAGACAGCGAUGGCGAUGGGGUGGGUGAUCUUCGGGGCAUUAUGGAGAAAGUGAGCUACCUUAAGAAAGAUCUCGGACUGGAUGCCAUCUGGUUGUCGCCAAUUUUCAAAUCACCAAUGGCCGAUUUUGGGUACGACAUUUCGAAUUUUACGGAUAUCCAUCACGAGUUUGGAACAAUCGCUGAUUUAGAAAACCUAGCCGAGGAGUGCAAGCGGCAGAAUCUGAAGUUGAUAUUAGAUUUUGUGCCCAAUCACAGCAGUGACGAACAUCCGUAUUUCGAGAAAUCGGAAAAACGGGAAGCUGGAUACGAAGAUUACUACGUGUGGCAUGAAGGAAAGGUGUUGGCAAAUGGGACACGUGUUCCACCGUCGAACUGGAUCAGUGUAUUCCGUGGAAGCGCUUGGAAAUGGAGUUCGGUUCGUCGGGAAUACUAUCUGCAUCAGUUUGUAGAUAAGCAGCCUGAUCUCAAUUACCGAAGUACGAAGGUUGUGGAGGAUAUGAAAGACGUUCUUCGCUUUUGGCUCGAACGGGGCGUUACUGGAUUCAGAGUUGAUGCUUUGCCAUAUUUGUAUGAAAAUAAAACGGUCAACGGAGUGUACCCGGAUGAACCAAAAUCCAACAGCACUGAUGAUCCCGAUAAUCCAGCUUAUCUGUUGCAUCCAUAUACGCAAAAUCUGGAUGAAACCUUCGAUAUGGUAUACCAGUGGCGCGAGGUAUUAGAUGAGUUCAAAUCAUCCAAGGGCUUGCAGGAAGAUCUGGUUCUGAUGAUUGAAGCUUACACACCGCUGGAAAACAUCAUCAGACUGUACGGCAAAGGAGAUCGCAAGGGAGCUCAAAUUCCGUUCAACUUUGAAGUUCUGAGUAACAUCUACAAGGACAGUACUGCUAAAGAUUUCUACACCUAUGUCAUGCGCUUCUACGAAGCACUACCACAAGGGCAAUUUGCCAACUGGGUGCUCGGAAAUCACGACAACAAGCGAGUAGCUUCACGGUUGGGAGUGGCUCGCGCUGAUUUGUACAACAUUGCGCUGAACACUCUGCCGGGCAUCGCGGUGACUUACAAUGGCGACGAACUCGCCAUGGAAGACGUAUACAUUUCCUGGGAGGAUACCGUCGAUCCUGCCGCGUGUAAUUCGAAUCCUCGUGACUUCAUGCAGUACAGUCGAGAUCCCGUGAGGGCACCAUUCCAGUGGGAUGACAGCGUCAGUGCCGGUUUCUCCUCCAAUCCCAAAACGUGGCUUCCGGUUUCGCCCUACUACAAGCAAAACAACUACAAACUGCAGAAAUCCGCCCCCAGAAGUCAUGUUAAAAUCUUCAAAUCGCUCGUACGGCUACGCAAGCAACGGACUCUGAGGGAGGGAACGUUCGAGAUCAAACUGGUUGAUGAAAAUCUGCUUGUCUACAAGCGAGAACUCGCUGAUGUCAGUACGAUCGUUGUGAUUCUGAAUUUCCACAAAUCUGCUCGGACUGUUAAUCUGUCGGAGGCUUUUGGUGGGCUACCACUGGAGUUCGAGAUCAUCACCUCAUCGUUGCAGACCAAUUAUAUCGAUGGUACUGUUGUGGAUCGAGAUCAGAUCGUAUUGCCAGCUGAUGCCGCUAUUGUACUGGAAGGCAAUAUAAAGAAUGGAGUAUGAGUCAUAGAAUUAGGCAAUAUACGUUCCAUUUCUGUUUCGAAUGUGAUUUUUGUGCAUUAAAUGAACUAAAAUAAAAAAAAAUAAAAAAAAAA